AAAAAACAACAGUGUCGCAUUUUAUAACACUUCCGUUACACCCAAAACAGGUUCAGUACUGCAAAAACAUUUAAGCAAACCUUUGUAAACAAACCAAAUACAGAUUUGGAGAGAAGAAAAGUACUUUGCUGAUUAAAGACUGGAAGAUUUGAAGUUUAAAGGAUAAAGAUGGAUUGUUGUGCAUCAAUUGCAAGAGCUUUGUUGAUUUUCUUCAACUUUAUUUUCUGGAUAUGUGGAGGUGCCAUAUUAGGAGUUGGAAUCUGGUUCCUUGUUGACAAAGACAUCAGUAGCAGGAUAGAGAUUGUCCAGAUUGAUAGCGGAGAUGACUACUUCAAAUUUGCUGCCUACCUGUUCAUUGCUUUCGGAGCAUUUGUUUUCAUUGUUGGGUUUGCUGGUAUGUGUGGAGCUAUCAGAGCCAGCAAAUGUCUCCUUGGAUUUUACAUCUUCUUUGUAUUGCUGGUUAUUUUCGCUGAGAUUGGUGCAGCAGUUCUUCUGAUCCUGUAUAGAAUGGAGGUAGAGGACAAUAUUGUUAAACUGUUACAAGAAAAUAUAAAGAAGAGGUAUGGUGAAGAGACUGUAAGGACAGGAUGGGACUUGGCUCAGUUGGAGUUUGAGUGUUGUGGAGCAGUCAAUUCUAUGGAUUAUGACAAUAUUACUUACUCUUUCCCAGGAAGCCAGACUGUUCCUAAUACUUGUUGUAAAUUGUCAAACAGGGAAGCUGCUUUAGAUGACCCAUCAAAGGCUACACCUAGCGAUUCAGCUAAAUGCUACAAUCGUGAUGAUACAGACAUUAAUACGAAAGGAUGUAAGGACAGUUUGAAGGAUUGGGCCCUAAAACACAGUACAAUUAUCAUUGGUGUUGGUAUUGGUAUCGCUGUACUUGAGAUAUUCAGUAUUGUUUGGGCCUGCUGCUUCUGUAGAAACAUUGGAAAAGACGACUAAGAUCUAAAGACAGAUUCCCCACCUUAAAACUUACAAACAUAAUAGAGUUUUAUUUUUUUGUAUAUGAUUUCCAAAGUCAACUUAUUUUUCUGUAGUCACAUCUUUCUCUUAAGUUGAGAUAAGAAUAUUUUAUUUUUUAUAGUAAAUCAAGAAACAAGUUAUAGUUUAAGAACUAAAGUUAUUUUGAAUCAUAUGUCCGGAGCCUCUGUUGAUCAAUGCCAUGAACAA